AAUGUCCUAGCCUAAUGACAAACCAUAGCGAUAGUAUCGAUAUAUCUAGAAUACCAUAUUGUCAUUCUAGUUUGUGCAGUCUAAUAGUUAAUUUCGCGAAAGCUUGUAUGUCAAAUAAUUAACUAAACCUAAGUGCAUUUAAACGGAUCGUAAAUGCUGCGCUGAAGAUUUUGUGCUCUGCUGGCUAAUUGUUUUAAAAUAUUUCAUACUGUUACAUCGCAAAUGUAGCAGUCACUGGUAAAACUGUAUAUGCCAGACCACUGGUUAAAACAGCUCGCUAUAUUGGAAGAAAGGAGAGUGAUCUAGGGGUGGAAUACGAUGCUAUUGCCCUGCCAAAAUCUUUGUGAAGCCCCUGAUUUGCGUUCAGACCAACAGUAUAAAACGACGCUACAACCUGCCCAACGAGAGUCCACGAAACGACAAUGAUAAACGGACACCAGCUGCUGUUGGGCAUACUAUUUUUAACUGGUUGCUUUUUGAAUUCAGUUAGCUAGACUAGUGCUAGUGACUGAAAUAUGAAUUGCACCUGCAUACUCGCAUUUUUUUGGUUGAAGAAGAGAAAUAAUAUAGGCAAAGACUACUUGCCAUGGAUGCAAAAGCUCGUUUCGAACUGGAAUUAUGAGACCUUGUGGUUCGAGGAGAUAAUGUAGCCAACGAUAUGCUACUUAGGUCAAGCUCUCGACUUUAGUCUUGUCUGGUUCCCAUCGCACAGAUGAAUGGUAACUUUUUGGGGGUUUACUGCAAACGGGUGUAAACGUGUUUGCUUUAUGGUUUCAAUGUUUUUCUAUUGGACGAAGUAUCUCAUUCAGUGAAUCACUUGCCUAACGUUACAUAUACCCAAUUUCGGUUUAUUUUUAACAGCGUAAUGAGUGGCUGGGUCAAUCUUUAACAACUGAAGCGAAUCAAGCAAACGGAGAAACAUGAAGAAACAUCAAUGAUGCAAGUACUGGACGGCAUCCUGCGUCAGUGUAGCAGUUAGCUGUCUUUGAAUUUUCUCAACUUAAGUCCACAAGAAGAGGCCAGGACAUCUCAAUGAAGUUAGAGAUUUGCAGUGAAGAUGAUGAAAUAAAUUAUGUACCAUUUGGUUGGAGAUGGCGUGACAUCCCUGUUCUCCGAUCUGAUGCGGACUGUAUAGUGGGAUGGUGUUAAAAACGGAGGGCGGACCCAGGCACGGCCCACGUUACUCUUACAGCUAAGUAAGUUAGCCUUUUUUUUUUUAACAAGACUGCUUGCUCGUGAUUCGUCACCAUAUAGGUUUACCACCCCAACAAGCGAGUAAAAACCGUUACAGUUAACACCUACGUUUUUCGCUACCUUGAGGACAUUAUUUUCUCAAUCGUUUGUUUCCGCAAAGAAUGGCCGAUCCAUCGGGAGCAAAUAGGCUGACCAGUGCAUCUGCAAGAGGAGACUUGACAGAACUUCAAGUCUUUUUGCAAAACGGGGCAGAUGUUAAUGAGAGGAAUGUGUUCGGCAGAACCGCGUUACAGGUGAUGAAACUGGGUAACCCGGCCAUAGCUGAGGCGUUGCUGCAAGCCAGAGCGGAUCCUAAUGUGCCCGAUCCCGUGGGAGGUCUAACGGUACUUCACGACGCUGCUCGGGAUGGCUAUGCUGACACGCUGCAAGUGCUUGUGAAACAUGGCGCCGAUGUCAAUAUUCAGGACAAUGACGGAAACCUGCCAUUGCACCUAGCAGCUAGAGAAGGGAACUUGGACGUGGUUGAAUUAUUGAUUCAGCAUACCGCGGAGCCCAUGCGACCGAACCGCAGAGGCCACACUGCAUAUGAUUUGGCCAGAAUGCAUAGCAGAUUGCCAACUGCAGAACGGAUCCAAGCAUACAUGCAUUCUAUAGAAUGAAAUGUGUGUUUUGGGCUUUUUAUUUUUUUUAUUUGAAUUGUAUUGUGUUUGAUGUUUUGUUUGAUAUGUAUGUGAGGUGGUUAAACACAGGCUUAAUUGCUAUAUGUUGCAUCGUACCACCACCUGCGCAUUGUGUUCUCUGCCCAAUCAGCGCCCGUAAGAUGAUGAAGAAAUGGAAGAGCGGUCAUUGAGAUUGUCUUCCAAAUCCUAUAUUGUAGACCUACCACUCACAGAAAAUAUAUGCUGCAUCUAUACUAUUUACAUCACAAUUAACAAAAUUGUGGUAAGAAAUAGACAAAUGUCUGAGUGCUUUACUGCCCUGAUUUUAGGCAACUGGUUUAUUGACAAAUUGUUCAGAAACUUACCCAAUGAAACAUUUAUUAAUGUGAAUGUUUUCACGGUGUUCUUUAGGAAGUCGGUACGUCCGCAUGAGCCUAAAAUAGCUAUUGGCCUAUCAAAUCGUUAUUGGGAUGUCAUCCUAGCAAUUGUUUAAUUGUAGAAAGAAUCUGGCAGCUUUUGUAGGUUCUUUUUUUUUUUUUUUUUUUUACAAAAAAUAUUACAGUAAAAUGCUCACUGAUCAGUUAACUUGCAGUGUGUUGGAUUAAUGUUGAAUAAACACUGGGCAUUUUACUGCGUUGUUACAUUAUAACCUACAUUUGUGUCUGUAAGUAUAAUCGGAGAAUACUGGGAAACAGCGCUAAACAUUACACUAGCACGCCUUCUAAUUCUAAUUUCAAGGUCAUCAUGGAAGAGAACUGGUGUAUCUGUUGGGAUACAUAGUCUUGCAUAAGCGCUAAACAUGUAAAUUAGUGUAAAAGAAUAAAAACGAAUGUUUCCCCGCUGUGAAACAUUACUGCACAGCUUUAAAUUAAAUUUAAUUAAACCGCUAGUUAAAAUGACCAGUUUCAUUGUCAAGAUGUUUAAAAAUGUCAUUUAUUUGUUUAUCCUGCCUUAACGUUACUGCGGAAACAAUUAACUUUUUCGUAUUUCGUAAUUUCCAGUUGCACUUUAUAUGUGAGUGUACAUAUAUGAUGUAAAGUUUAUUUUUGUUUGUACUGAAAUGUGAAGGCAUGCGUUUUGGGUGUAUUAACAGUUAAUGUGAUUAUUAUUGUACUUUUCACCAAAGACAAAAGACUGCUGUUUAAUGUGCCAGCGUGUGUGUACUGACGUUCCUAUCAAAUGUGCGUCAGGGUCGGUAGCAUUUUAAAAACACAACUUUACUGUAGACUGUGAUGUGUCUGCGCGCCCACGCCUGCCUAACUGAGUGGUGUCAUGUGUUUGCAGAAAAAUAAAUAUUUCGUAAAAAUAUA